AUUAUUAAGGGUUUACUUUUGCAGUUUUUAAGCUUCUAAUACUAACUACUGAAUAGUGAAUAAUGUUCAGGUAGACCAAAUCGAAUACUAAGCAAUUUUUUUGGAAUUUCAAACUUUAAUAUAUUGGAAUCGUGUGUAAAAAAGUCCAGUAUCAUGCACUCAUUGUUGCGCAAAUCCUUCAGUUUGACAAACAAGUACCCACUUUUUACUCGACACUCAUCAUCUUCCUCGCAUAUCACUCAGGAAAGGAAAUCGAUUGCUCAAGCUACAAUUGAAAAAGGCCAUGGAGAAUGGCAACCUGGCUUUCGUCCUGUAUAUUUGGAUGUUCAGGCCACCGCACCAAUGGAUCCAAGAGUGCUGGAUUCAAUGCUUCCAUAUUUUGUAAGUUACUAUGGAAAUCCACAUAGUCGUACACAUGCAUAUGGAUGGCAGGCGGAAGAUGCUGUAGAAGAUGCUCGAAAACAAGUUGCAAGUUUGAUAAAUGCUGAUCCACGUGAAAUUAUAUUUACAAGUGGAGCAACUGAAUGCAAUAAUAUUGCUGUAAAGGGAGUUGGGCGAUUUUAUAAGAGUAAAAAACGUCACAUCAUAACAACCCAAAUUGAACAUAAAUGUGUGUUAGAUUCAUGUCGAUCUAUGGAAAGUGAAGGCAUUGAAGUUACUUAUUUACCUGUGCAGGAAAAUGGGAUUAUUGAUUUAAAUGUCUUGGAGAGUUCGUUUCGUCCCGAUACAUCUCUAGUCUCGGUUAUUAUGGUAAAUAAUGAAAUUGGUGUACGGCAACCAGUUGAAGAGAUAGGAAAUAUGUGUCGAGAAAGAAAAGUGUUUUUCCACACAGAUGCUGCACAGGCCGUCGGUAAAAUUCCCAUUGAUGUGAAUGAAAUGAAAAUAGAUUUAAUGUCAAUAAGUGGACAUAAAAUUUAUGGGCCGAAAGGUGUUGGCGGAUUGUUUUUACGGCGUAGACCUCGUGUCCGAGUGGAACCUCUUCAAAGUGGUGGUGGCCAAGAGAGAGGAGUUAGAAGUGGUACUGUGCCAACACCUCUAAUCAUAGGUUUCGGUACAGCAUGUGCAUUAUGUCAAGAAGAAAUGGAAUAUGACCAUGAAAGAAUAAGUUAUUUGUCACAUAGAUUAGAAUCAAGAAUACGAGAAAAAUUAUCACAUGUGAUACGGAAUGGGGAUGUUAACCAAACUUAUCCAGGAUGCUUAAAUCUCUCUUUCGCUUAUGUAGAAGGUGAGAGUUUAUUGAUGGCUUUAAAGGAUGUUGCGUUAUCAUCAGGAAGUGCUUGUACAUCUGCAUCUCUUGAACCUUCCUACGUUUUACGUGCAAUUGGUGCAGAUGAUGAUCUUGCACAUUCUUCAAUCAGGUUUGGCAUUGGAAGAUUUACUACAGAAGCUGAAAUAGAUUAUGCUGCGGAUAACAUUAUUGAUCAAGUUACUCGACUAAGGGAAUUAAGCCCAUUGUGGGAGAUGGCUCAAGAAGGAAUUGAUUUGAAAACAAUUGAAUGGACGCAACAUUAAAUCAUCUGGUUUGCUGUACAAUAUCUGAUCAUUGUUGUAUAUUCAUCUCUCACAGCAGUGCCAACUUGCAAUUGUAUCUUAGUGCCUGCUGCCCACGAGCAGAAUGGUCAUGGGUGCAUGGUGGCAUACUAGAUUAGUACAAAAAUGCAUUUCCCAACUUUAUAAAAUCGUUCAAAGUUGUUUGGAAUCUCCCACCAAUCCAAGCAGAGAGAAGUUAUGGUUCGUUAUCUGAUGGGAAAUAAGAUCAAGUUUCUGCCAGUGUCUGAGUUGACGGACUUUGUCUGGAGGCAGGGUUCAAUUCUUUUUGUUCUGCAAACAUUUUUAAAACAAUUUAGACCAUGCAAUUUCUAUCUGUCAUUCGAAACAAAAUUCUUAUCAUUUGCAUAUGUAUGCAAUGAUUGUUUCACAAGAUUGACGAAGAAGAACUUGAAUAUCUGCCAUCCUUAAAUGCGGUUUGUAAAUGUGUUUGCUGAUCACUUAACAAAAUAUAUGUUUGUAACAGAAAA